UAUGGACACAAGAGCAGAUUCUGCCCAGUCUGCAAGGAGUUAUGAUGGACAGCUGGAUCAACUUCACCUUGCACUGAGGCGCAAGCGGGCCCUCCAGCAAAUACUCCGGGAGCAGCACAUGUUAGAAUACCUCAACAGACCCCACACCUGGGGAGGGUCACCAAGACAGUACAAGUCACAUUUCUUCACUGCCCCUCAGCCGCCUCCACCACUCCCACUUCACCAGGCGGCCCCUGUUCUGCACUUCCUGACCCCUCCACCGCCUGCCCGACCCCAGCCUCCUCGCAUCAUCCAGCAGACUCUACCCGAGCAGCCUGCCACCAUCAUACAACAGCAGCCUCUGUUUACUCAAAUCCCUAAGCCCUACCCUGCACCACGCUCAGGCAGCAUCAAAGAGGACAUGGUGGAAUUGAUGCUGAUGCAAAAUGCCCAGAUGCAUCAGAUCAUAAUGCACAAUAUGAUGCUGAAAGCCAUGCCUCCUAUAGCCCUGUCACCACCUGGAGGUCCCAGUCACUGUGCCCCUUGUGCUAAAUAUCUCGGGCAGGACAGUUUCCAGGGAAACCCUAUUUUUGUACGCCCAGAUGUCAAACCAAGAGGAAAUGCUGUCCAUCAUCAUCAUCACUAUGGUCCUACUUCUGUGGCACCACAGCUGCCCCCCAUCAGCAACCCUACAUGGCUACCAGGGGUGUCAUCUGUCCCAGCAGGACAAGCAGCGAGACAUCUACCCUCCAUACACCACGCAACAGCCCCUUUUACUCUCCCACCACUCAAUGGACACAGAUUUCACUCUGAGUCUCCCCUGUUGACUUAAUAUCAUUGAAAUUUUCCUAAAUGUAGGCUAUCAUGUAGCGUUAUGAUUAUGAAUGGUAGACAAACAAAACAAACAAGGUAACCUUACCUUACACUAAAUUAUUGUAUGCUUAUAGUAGUCGCCUCUGACCACUUGGGUCAACUUCAACGGCGCUGAAAGGGAUGAAUGAUAAAAAGAAUCGACGCCCUUAAAGGAACUUGAUCCACAGACCCUCAGAUGAAAUAUUAUAGUUCCUUCAUAAGAGCAGUUGGCGAUUUACACAAUCUAUUGAUGGGCCAUAGGGGGAGAAAGAAAAUUAACGCCCGAACAGGGACUUGAACCCUGGACCCUCAGAUUAAAAGUCUGAUGCUCUACCGACUGAGCUAUCCGGGCCCUGUUAAGAUUAAGUAUUUGGACUCAUUAAAAACAUGAUACAGCACAAAACAUUUUCUCCUGACUACUGUAACUGCUUUGCCAUCAGUCUCCACAACGUUAGCUCUGUACGCAGCUAAUGCAGGCUAACUAUCCGAAGUAGUAAGCUAGCCGUAUGCUAAUUUACGGCUAGUAGCUGUUAAGCUAACUAAAUCGCUAUGAUGACUGAACGCACAUGUAAAAUGUGACGGCACUUUAAAAUAGGGGUAUGUUCAGUAUUCGGCCUGUUCAGUGAAGUCACUAACGUUGCCCGUGUCAUUUUGUCGUGUAAGUCGCUUUUUCACGCUACACACAAAAUCAUUGCCUCGUCUUUAUUGGAUGAAUUUACAGCUGUACAAAAUGGUAUUUUACAGGAUCUAUUAAACAAACAACAGAACUUCCUCAAACAGUCGCUUUUACCGCAGUGAAUCACUGUGAGCAUCCUGGACCACAUUAUCAGUCUGUUACAAGUGUCAGUGCUUCUUUAUCCCGAUCCCAAAUGCACAACAGAAAACACAACCUGGAUUCACAACCGCCAAUCAUCAUGGCACACCCCUUUGAUAAAUAAAAUAUACACAUAUAAACAACUGACACCCUCUGCAUUAACAAACUAUUAAAGUGCAUACUUCUUUUAAAGAAUUGCAUGGCCUAAUGACAGGGGAACAAGGUACAGUCAUGCUGUAUUAAGCAGGAUGUGGAGGAUGGCCAUUGAACAAUAUUCUUACUGUGAAGAUGAGUUACAAUUCUUUAGGAGAAUGUGUGGAUGAUAGUCAUGCACUUGUGCUUAAGGGCUUUUUGUAUGGCACAAAAGUCAAUAUUACAUGCUUAAAAAAGC